GGUGUGCGGGUAGAGCGAGCGAGAAAGAGAGAGAGAGCGCGCGCGCGUGUGAGUGCGUGCGGAGCAUCUGGGUAUUUUUUAAAUACCGUGUGGAGGAGCGCGACGCACGUUUUGUUCGCAGUUAACCGGCCGCGGUAGAUGUAAGUUCCCCCGUCCUGUGGGAGAAGCGGAAACCGAGAGGAGUACGUUCUCUGGCAGCAGGUAUUCAGUGUCUGCGAAGGAGGGAAAAAAUAUGUCUGCCUCAGCGGCAAAAGUGAGUAAAAAGGAGCUGAACUCGAACCAUGACGGAGCGGACGAGAGCUCUGAAAAGGAACAGCAGGAAGCAAUUGAACACAUCGAUGAAGUACAGAAUGAGAUUGACAGAUUGAAUGAACAGGCCAGCGAGGAAAUAUUAAAAGUAGAACAGAAGUACAAUAAACUACGCCAGCCGUUCUUCCAGAAGAGGUCAGAAUUGAUCGCCAAAAUCCCAAACUUCUGGGUCACGACAUUCGUCAACCAUCCACAAGUUUCUGCUCUCCUUGGAGAAGAGGAUGAAGAAGCACUCCAUUACCUGACCAGGGUAGAAGUGACAGAGUUUGAAGACAUAAAGUCAGGUUACAGAAUAGAUUUUUACUUUGAUGAAAAUCCUUACUUUGAAAACAAAGUCCUUUCCAAAGAAUUCCACCUGAAUGAGAGUGGCGAUCCAUCCUCAAAGUCCACAGAAAUCAAAUGGAAAACAGGGAAGGACCUCACAAAGCGUUCCAGUCAAACACAGAACAAAGCUGGCAGGAAGAGGCAACACGAAGACCCAGAGAGUUUCUUUACCUGGUUCACGGAUCACUCCGAUGCGGGGGCUGAUGAGCUGGGGGAGGUCAUCAAGGAUGACAUCUGGCCGAACCCUCUGCAGUACUACCUGGUCCCAGACAUGGAUGAUGAAGAAGGAGAGGGGGAGGAUGAUGAUGAUGAAGAGGAAGGCUUAGAAGACAUAGAUGAGGAAGGGGAUGAAGAUGAAGGAGAGGAAGAUGAAGAGGAGGAUGAUGGUGAGGAAGGAGAGGAGGAUGAUGGGGAAGAUGACUAAAAAAAAAUUCUGCCCACGUUUUUUUUCCCUGCCGUUUAUUCACCGAUUCUUGGGAGCAAGAUGCUUUUUCUUUUCCUUCUUUCCCCCACCUCCCAUUUCUUUUGUGGUCAGUCUCAUUGCUCAGAAGUGUCUGUCCGUGCCAUGUCUGAUUCAGCUUUAUUCCAGGACUGAACUUCAUCAGAAAAAUAGUGAUGAAAUUUACCAUGGCACGCUUUUCCCUGUGUACUGUCUUCAACUCCCAGAUGCAUCUGGGAAAAAGUAAAUAUGAAUAGAAAUGCCA